AUGGCUUCAAAUUCCCCAACGGCAUCUCCACCUGAUUCAUCUUCUCCACAAUCCCCGCCACCACCAUCAUCUGCACCUGCACCAUCCCAAGAUAAUUCAUCAUCACCGCCACCCUCUUCAUCACCCCCACCACCAUCAUCUCCACCGCCUUCGUCACCUCCUCCGCCAUCAGCCCCACCACCAGUACCAGGUGAUCAAAAUUCUUCACCUCCACCACCGUCAUCAUCACCAUCACCACCACCACCAGUAGCAGGUGAUCAAAAUUCUUUACCCCCACCGUCUGGCUCCUCCUCUUCAUCUCCACCUCCUCCUCCUCCUCCUGAAAAGAAAUCAGGAAGUCACCCGCCUCCACCCCCAUCGAGCCAAGCUUUUUCUCCUCCUCCAACCCCCCACCAUCGAUUGUCUCCACCCACUAAGUCAUCGAGCUCAAGUCUUGCCAAUGCAUCUCCGGAUAGUGGAAGCCACUCAAACUUGCCAGUUAUAAUAGGAGCAUUAGUUGGAGCUGGGAUUUUGCUCCUUCUCGUUCUCAUAGUCGUUAUUUUGUGUUCAAGAAAGAAAAAGAAAGCACACCCUCCCAUUCAUUACUUUAAUCAACCGAGAGCAGCUCCAAAUCAGUAUGGAUACAAUAACGGUGAGCACGUUCUAAAUAUACCACCACCACCAGGAGCAGGUUGGGGAGUAGCAGUAGCACCCCAACCACCCCAGCGUGCUAGUAGUGACUUGAGCAACUCCAGUUUGUCUGGCUCCCAUGGUCCAGCAAUGCCACCCCCACACCCUACAGUGGCACUUGGAUUCAACCAGAGUUCCUUCUCCUAUGAUGAGCUGUCAGCUGCAACUGAUGGGUUUGCCCAACAGAACCUGUUGGGUCAAGGUGGCUUCGGUUUUGUACACAAAGGUGUCCUACCCAAUGGAAAGGAAAUAGCGGUAAAGAGCCUCAAAUCCACGGGGUGCCAAGGAGACAGAGAAUUCCAAGCUGAGGUUGAUAUUAUUAGCCGUGUCCAUCAUCGUCAUCUUGUGUCACUUGUUGGGUAUAGCAUCACAGAAAGCAAAAAGCUGCUGGUAUAUGAAUUUGUGCCCAAGAAGACCCUUGAAUUCCACCUUCAUGGAAAGGGUCAACCUGUCAUGGAUUGGGGCACCAGGCUCAAAAUUGCGAUUGGAUCAGCCAAAGGACUUGCUUAUUUACAUGAGGAUUGUCACCCUCGUAUCAUUCACCGAGACAUAAAGGGAGCAAACAUUCUACUUCAAAACAACUUUGAGGCCAAAGUGGCAGAUUUUGGAUUGGCAAAGUUCAAUCAAGACGCUAACACUCAUGUUUCUACUCGCGUGAUGGGAACAUUCGGGUAUUUGGCCCCUGAGUAUGCAUCAACUGGUAAGCUAACUGAAAAAUCUGAUGUCUUCUCGUUCGGUGUUAUGCUUUUGGAGCUCGUGACAGGACGAGGCCCAGUGGACAACACCGGGGAAUAUGGAGAAGCUGAUAGUCUGGUUGAUUGGGCUAGACCACUGUUAACAAAGGCAACGGAAAAUGGAACCUUGGAUGGACUAGUUGAUCCACGUUUAGAGGACAAUUAUGACAAGCAGGAGAUGGUUCGUAUGGUGGCUUGUGCUGCUGCUAGCGUUAGGCAUUCAGCAAGGAGGCGCCCAAGAAUGAGCCAGGUUGUACGAGUACUGGAGGGUGAUGUCUCAGUAGAUAUCCUAAGUAAACAUGACGAAGUGAAACCUGGGCAAAGUGCGCAAUUGAGCGGCACAAGCAGCGAGUAUGAGGCUGACAUGGCAAGGUUCAGGAAACUAGCAUUGGAUAGUGGCAUGGGAAGCAGUGAGUACGGUGGAACGAGUGAGUAUGGCCUCAACCCUUCAACCUCAAGCAGUGAUCGAGCAACUACUGAAUAUGGCAAGAGGACAGGAACAGGAAGCAGAAUGCACACUCCUUGA